UUUAUUUUUGUGUUUCACAAACGUCACCUUUCCUUUGGUGAGCAAGGUGUGUUCACGCGAGGUUGUGUGCUCCCUGGAAAUAUAGGUCACACAAUCCUCAGCAUUUCGUGAAAUAUUCUUGUAAAAUAAAAAAAAAAAUCAUAAAAUUAACAAAAACCCAAAAAAAUAGUAAAAUAAUCAAAAAUUAACGGGAAUCACUCGAUUUUAAUUUAGUGUACGUAAGCGUGCAACGUGGUCUUAAGGAAUGCGAUAGUAGUCAUUACAAAGAGAAAGUGAAUUUGUUCUUUUCGACGGCCAAGUUAAUGUACUUCAUAGAGUUUUCAAAGUAAGAUAUUGAAAAUGAAUCCUGGGCCGCCAAACUAUCCCAUGGCAUCUUUGUAUGUCGGGGAUUUACACUCCGAUAUUACUGAAGCCAUGUUGUUUGAAAAAUUUUCGACUGCUGGUCCCGUCCUUUCAAUUCGCGUAUGUCGCGAUAUGAUAACUCGUAGAUCCUUGGGUUACGCUUACGUAAAUUUUCAGCAGCCUACCGACGCUGAAAGAGCACUGGAUUCUAUGAAUUUUGAUAUUAUUAAAGGAAGACCUAUUAGAAUCAUGUGGUCCCAACGUGAUCCCUCUUUGCGUAAGUCUGGAGUAGGAAAUGUUUUUAUUAAGAAUCUUGACAAAACUAUUGACAACAAGGCUAUGUAUGAUACCUUUUCGGCUUUUGGAAAUAUAUUGAGUUGCAAGGUAGCUCAGGAUGAAACUGGAGCCUCCAAAGGUUAUGGUUUUGUCCAUUUUGAGACUGAAGAAGCUGCCAACAAAUCAAUUGAUAAAGUGAAUGGCAUGUUAUUGAAUGGGAAAAAAGUAUAUGUGGGCAGAUUCAUUCCCCGCAAGGAACGCGAAAAGGAGCUUGGUGAGAAAGCUAAACUGUUCACCAAUGUUUAUGUCAAGAAUUUUGGUGAAGAUUAUAAUGACGAAAUGUUGAAAGAUAUGUUUGAGAAAUAUGGUCGCAUCACAAGUCAUAAAGUGAUGUAUAAAGAUGAUGGGGCAUCUAGAGGUUUUGGUUUUGUUGCCUUUGAAGACCCUGAUGCUGCCGAACGGGCAUGUAUUGAGCUAAAUGGCAAAGAACUUGUUGAAGGAAAACCAUUAUAUGUUGGACGUGCUCAAAAGAAAGCUGAACGCCAAAAAGAGUUGAAACAUAAAUUUGAGCAAUUGAAGUCUGAGCGCCUUACUCGUUAUCAAGGUGUGAAUUUAUAUGUGAAAAAUUUAGAUGACACCAUAGAUGAUGAAAGACUACGUAAAGAAUUUGCUCCUUAUGGUACAAUCACUUCAGCUAAGGUCAUGUUGGAAGAUGGUCGCAGCAAAGGAUUUGGAUUUGUUUGUUUUUCCUCUCCUGAAGAAGCUACUAAAGCUGUAACAGAAAUGAAUGGUCGUAUUGUAGGCACCAAGCCAUUGUAUGUUGCUUUGGCUCAGCGUAAAGAAGACCGCAAGGCACAUUUAACAUCUCAGUACAUGCAGCGAAUGGCCAGUAUGCGUAUGCAACAGAUGGGUCAAAUUUUCCAACCAGGUGGUGCAGGAGGAUAUUUUGUUCCUACAAUCCCUGCAGCACAACGUUUCUACGGUCCUGCACAAAUGACGCAAAUUAGACCAUCACCCCGAUGGACUGCACAGCCACAAGUAAGGCCAAAUGCUCAAACUGCUGCCUCUGGGUAUCCAAACAUGCAAGCACCCUUCCGGCCAGCACCUAGAGGUCCAACUCAAGCUUCAUUACGCACAUCACUGGGGGCCAGACCAAUCACAGGACAACAAGGUGUAACAGGAGCGACUUCUAUUCGUACACCAUUAGUUACACAGAGUGGUCGCCCUGCAGGUUAUAAGUACACUGCAAACAUGCGUAAUCCUCCAGCGCCACAACCAGCAGUGCAUAUUCAAGGCCAAGAACCAUUAACUGCAACAAUGCUAGCUGCUGCACCAUUACAAGAACAGAAGCAAAUGCUAGGAGAACGUCUUUUCCCACUUAUACAAAGAAUGCAUCCUGAUCUGGCUGGGAAGAUUACAGGAAUGUUACUGGAAAUUGACAACUCUGAAUUGCUUCAUAUGUUAGAACAUGGGGAGUCCCUUAAGGCUAAGGUUGAUGAAGCGGUUGCUGUUUUGCAGGCUCACCAGGCCAAACAGCAAGCUACAAAGAAGGAGUAAUUUAAUUGUGAUAGCUGGUAAGACAAUAAUAACUUGCCAGAUUUUCACAAGAACCAUUACUACCAGAGUUCUAGUUUUAAUGCUUUGAAAAUUCUUUAUGAAGCAGUCUCCCGCUCUUAAAAAAAAAUAUAAUAAUAAAAAUUGAAAAAAAAAAUGAAAAAGUGGAAAUGUACUGUAGCAUAAACAGCAUACAGAAUAUAAUAACAUCUGAAUAUAAUAAAAGUAUAUUUCCACAAACAAAAAUAAUGAAACUGUCAACAUUUUUACACGUAAUGGAGUAAAAUACUGGACACUUGACUUUUUACAAUGACUUAGGAAAGAUGUUUUAAGUUAAUAUUAUUUUUCUUAUUUCUUAUUACGUUAAAUGGAGUUGGUUUUAUGUUCUUACAGUAUACUUGUAUCUGUUUCUUUUCUUUUUAUUCCUGUGUCAGUUCAACAUUGGUAAUUUUCUACCUUGGAUUGUAAACUUGGUCACUGAUGUAACUGACUUAUAUGUAUUUCUUUGUAAUUUGUUACAAUAUAUUCUGGAAAAUAUUCACAAAA